GUACCGACGAACUAGCCUGGCAUGCACUUGUUGUUCUUUGUAGUAUGGCACUUUUACCAUCGCACACAUUUAGAUGUGGUCAAGACGCCGGCACUCUCAGCUUCUCUCGUAUAAACGACCUGACCCGGCACCAGCAACCCCUUACAGGCGAGUCGUCGGUCAUGCCCCCUCCCGAGUCGGCGGACAGUGCUAAGACAGGUAGCGAGACGAGUCAACCGGCCAGUAAUGUUCUCCAACAAGAGUUGUUAACGUCCAUCUCGACCAACCAAGGCUAUGGAGCUGAGGACCAAGUGGACACAACAAACAAUAUGCAACUCUCCGAUAUGCUGACUGGCUACUUUGGCGACGCGGGUGGUUCGCUCGGUUUUGUUCCUGGUGGUAACAUGCAUGACUUGGACGUUUUGAGGCAUUCCGGUCACGAGUCCAUCCCGGCAUUGGCGGGCCAGACCAAUUAUCUUGGAAGGCAGGAAUUUCAUUGCGACACUGCGGAUGUCUGCGUCACGCCAGCUGUGCCAGGAGGGAUGAACUCGGUAGCGCCAGAACAAGACUGGCUGAAGUGGCUAGAAGUGCCCAUUGAAGACGCACAUUUCGAUCCCCUUUAUUCUACCCACACGAAUGUCGCUAGUGAGGACGCCAUCCCCCAACACAUGAUCACUUCAGGACCACAGUCCGAGUCGCCAGCAUAUUCUCAUCGACACAUGCAACUUGCUCAAUCAUCAUUGAUUCAAGAUCAUGCUAGAUCUAUGGUUAGGAGUAUCGGGCACACAACACUGGGAUCACAUCGAAGCCAGAGUAUUGUAAAUGACAUGGCUGGUGCGCCCGUAGUUUGUGGAAAUUCCGACGCCCUCGCAAGAGUGCCAAGCACUACAUCAUGCAGUGACCUUCAAUGGUUAGGGUCACAACUUCCUCUUGCAGAUGACCACUUAGCAAUGAACUCAGCAGCUACCAACAUGAUGUCUUCCGGUAGUGCUGAUGGUAACGUCGCCAUUAGCCAGGAUCAGCAGCGGUGGCAGCAGCAGCAGCUGCAACAGCACUACAGAUUGCCAGGUGAUCUUGAGGGACACCAAGCCGCCACAGCUAACAUAACCAAAGUUUCCAUGGGGAACGCUGUCGGCUCGGAUGGGUUUCCUUCAUCUCACCGGGAUGCGCAUGCAAAUAGUUUUAUGUCCUCGGGGAUGCCUUCACAGCCAGUUAAUACCGUGACAGCUACAGGAAAUCACGAACAAGAAAAUAGCCACGUCAAACUGUCCCCGAGCGGUGGAUCUCUAACAUCGACGGAACGGCCAUUCAUAUGUGGUUAUGAAGGCUGCAAUCGCCGAUUCUCUCGCAGUUACACACUGCCCCGGCACACGCGUACGCAUACAGGCGAGAAGCCUCGUCAAUGUCAGAUUUGCAGGCGUUGCUUUUCAAGGCUGUAUCUCCUCACUGAGCACAUCCGUACCCAUACUGGUGAGAAACCCUUGAAGUGUCUACUGUGCGGGAAAGGGUUCGCCAGGUAUGGCACUAGGCGUCUACACAUGAUGGUGCAUCAUCGGGCAAAAUCAAGAUCAGAACCAGGUGUGAUGCACGGAGACUCUCUGGGUCUUGCUGCUACUCCUCCGCUUACAAAUAUGGUGAACUUCGCCUCACUUCCAGUAGUGAGUGCGACUGUACAGUUCUCUGCCGCAGCCACUGCGCCAACUAGUAGAGCAGCCUCUGUUACGCCUUCUAAUAGCACUGUUGCAUCGACUGUUACCACCACCACCACCUCCGCCGCUGCACAGGAAUAUGUGAUCAUGGCAACAUGUAACCAUGGCAUGCUAAUCCACGAUACAAGUACAGCAGCAACAGCAGUAACAACACCAUAUCCAGCAACAGCUGCAACAACACCAUACACAGCAACAGCAGUAACAACACCAUAUCCAGCAACAGCUGCAACAACACCAUACACAGCAACAGCAGUAACAACACCAUAUCCAGCGACAGCUGCAACAACACCUUACACAACAACAGCAGUAACAACACCAUGUCUAGCAACAGCUGCAACAACACCAUACACAGCAACAGCAGCAACAACAUCAUAUUCAGCAACAGCAGCCAGAACAGCAGCAGCAGUAGCACCAAAACCAGCCUCAUCUGCAUCUGAUUUCAACACCAGAGGCGAGUACUGGCAUGAAUUGUCAACCUGAAAUGCAUUGUGGUUCAUCAGCAAGCACCAAGGGGCAAAAGGCAUCUGCUAACCU